AUGGAAGAAAUGGUCAGGACGAAGCGGCCGCUAGAAGACGUGCCGGCCGAUAAUACCGUCAAACCAGCAGCGCACAAAUUGUCAAAGAAGCAGCGUCGUCAGAAUAAGCAGACACCAGCUCAGAAACUCGAGUACUACUAUCGUAGUCAAGUGGAGACUUGUGCCCAGCAGAACGAUGUUGCUCGAGUGUUGCAAGUGUACGAGCAGAUGAAGAGCGAGGGUGUGAGUGUGGCUUCGUACAUCUACAACGUGAUCAUCAACUUGUGCAGCAAGGCGGAAGACCCUGCAGAUUGCAAAGCUGGAGCUUGCCAGGUGUUUGGAGAGAUGAAGCUUGCCAAUGUCGCUGCUGAGCAGACAAAGAAGAAAGCUGUGGCAGUGGGUGAACCCAUUUACAGUGCAAUGAUGAAGCUCUGUAGUAAGGCGAGCGACUUUGUAGCGUGCGAGGCGCUUGUGGCCGAGAUGGAGGAAGCAAAAGUGGUGCCCAAGCUGCGCACGUUCGGUCCGUUGCUACAAGCUCACAGCGAUGCGGGCAACCUGGACAAGUGCAUUUGGGUGCAUGAGAAGCUUCUCUCGCACGAAUUGGAGCUGAGGGAAGACGAUUAUGUGGCACUACUGCGCGUUUGUGUGAAGACGGGCCAUGCUGAGCAGUUUUACGCUUUCCUGGACCGCUUUAUUGACGAGAUCUGGCAGCCAAGUCUAUCAACGUGGGACGUACUGAAGGACUGGUUCAGCAGUGAGGCGGCGCAGGUAGAUGGUCGCAAAUGGACGAUCACUGAGGGCACAGUGAACAAACAGGGCGUAUGCUCUGUGACCAGCAACCAGCUGCAGUCGGUUGAGCUGUCACCUGAGCUUGAUGAGGAACUUCUCGUCAAGAUCGAGAAGCUCGUGCGCACGGAUGAGAAACGCAUCGCGCAAUGGGACGACUUUAAGCAGUGGCUGGAGAAGUAUGGUCCGUUUGACGUGCUGAUUGACGCCGCCAAUGUCGGUUAUUGUAACCAGAACUUUCAAGGCGGCGGCUUUGACUACGGACAGAUCAAGCUCAUGGUGCAGCACUACGAGGCAAAGGGCAAAAAAGUGCUCAUUGUGCUACACGAGCGUCGCAUCUCAGACGAGCAGGUACCGGUCAAGCACCGGGCGCAGAUUGUCCGGUGGGGUGUGAGCCACAGCAUGUUCAAUUGUCAAUCAGGCAACAACGACGACUGGUACUGGCUCUACGCAGCGGUGAAGCUCGGUAAGCGUACGCUCUUGGUCACAAAUGACGAGAUGCGCGACCACCACUUUCAAAUGAUCCACAACCGCGCAUUCGCGCGCUGGAAGGAGCGACACCAGGUUCGCUACCAAGUGCAUGGACGCCGGGUGACGGUCGAUGAACCGUUGCCGUACUCGGAACGGCCGCAACGUGUCGGCGACGUUUGGCAUUUCCCAUCUCGGGAACUCCCGGAUCAAGUCUCAGACAGCGAUAGACGCUGGUUGUGUGUCGAAUUGCAACAGACCGCGUAG